AUGUCACGACACACUAUCCCAAAUCAGCUUUCCUCAGAAGCUACCAUCAGAUAUGUCGGUUUUAACGAAACCCAGGCAGCUGGCCUCUGGAAGAGGUGGGACUAUAUGCAGCGUGAGCCCUGGCCUGGCCAGAUAUACAAGAUCGAAUUUAUGGACUAUAUCACAAGGGACAUGUGUUCAAAGGACGACGUCUACAUUGACGAUGACUCAGCUUGGUUCCAUUGCAUGGAGCACUGGGGCAUCGCAAGUCAGAUGCAGGACGCUAUCAUGGAUCGGCGGUUCAAGCGACUUCGUUUGACCCGUACAUGUGCCCAGUGGAUCAAUGACACUAUCAGGUUGCGCUAUAGGAGUCUUGAGCACUCCAUGAAUAUACAUAAUUGCGAAGUCCUGCGUGUUAUUGCGCCUCGUCCCGACAACUCAAUUUUGGGAAUUGAUCGGAACUCACAGCACCACCUUGCAAGCACCUCUUGCAAUGUACUGUCCGGCUUCUCCGGCGAAACUCUCGCCUCUGCUGAUAACCCCGCUGUCUACGGAAACACUGUGCUAUACAAGACAUUCAAUGCACGUCAGGUCUGUAACAGAUCGUUCUUGGAUCGCGAAGGAAACUUGAGGCUGGUCGAAUGCCUCGAGCCGAAUUCUUGGAUUGACUCUAACUGGUGCAAUACGAUGUCCUAUUUCACAACCUCUCUCCAGGCAGUGCAGAUGUACGCUUCGUACAUGAAAAGACGCGACAGUGGCUGUGGAGAAAUUGUUGUGGUUCGGCUUUGCAUCCCAGAUGUCGCCUUUCACAACCUGAAGGGUGUUCAACUCGCCGAGGCAUACUUCCCCAGUAAUGACUGGAAGAAAUUGAUUUGCCAUUGUCGAAUGACAGAGCCAACCCAGCUUUGCAAAUUUGAUUACGCCACUGUUGUUAUUGGAAACGUUUCCAGCAAGUCCAAGCCAUUACUAGACAAGCUUGACUCGUGGGAAGACGUCACAAGAGAAGAUGUGUUUUACACUGACAGCCAUGGGGGAGAAGCUGAUGUUCAGUUUGCUUUCAGCUGUAAUGAACAGGGAAGAGAUUUUUUGAGGACAAGUGUUACUGAUUUCAAUAUACUCCCUUACACAGACGCGGAAUAUCGGGAGUGGAUGGAGGAACACAAAUAA